UCCUCUCCCUGGGCAGCAGCCGGAGCCGCCGGUGGUGCGAAGGACCCUUAAGGGAGCCGCAGAAGCCGAAGCGCGCCCCGCGGAGCAGGAGGAGGAGGAGAAGAUGCUGCUGUCGGCGCUGCUCCACGUUUACUCGCUGCGCUACGUGCUGCCCGCCGCCGUCAUGCUGGGCACCGCGCCCACCUACAUCCUGGCCUGGGGGGCCUGGCGGCUGCUCUCGGCCCUGCUGCCCGCCCGCUUCUACCCCCGGGUGGACGACCGGCUCUACACCCUCUACCAGAGCAUGGUGCUCUUCUUCUUCGAGAACUACACCGGCGUGCAGGUAAUUCUGUAUGGUGAUUUGCCUAAAAGUAAGGAGAAUGUGGUAUAUAUAUCAAAUCAUCAAGUAAAGCUACAAAGGAAUUUGAUGGUGUGUAACGUUCCCGUGGUUCGCCCAUGAGGCCAAUGGGGAGAAA